AUGAUAGCAAUAGGAGAUAAACCACACGAUCUACCAUUCCAAGAGAUUACAGUCCCAGAAAGAUAUCUUGGCCUCAAUUUCACCAAAACAGGUUUAAAUUCAAAAUACAACACUUUAAUCCAAGAAAUGAAAAACAAUCUAAUCAAAUGGAAAUCACAAGCAAUAACGAUGAAGGCAAAGAUGACAAUUCUCAAAACAUACGUUCUAUCCAAAUUAACAUACCAUCAAUACAUGGAUAAUCUAAAUGAAGAACAAAUUGAGGAAAUCAAUAACAUGACCAGAUGGUUCUUAUUCUCCUCAGUUAAGAAUACAUAUACAGAAGAGAGAAAAUACAAAACUAUGAUGAAAAUAGACAGAGCAUAUGCAGAUUGGAAAGAAGGAGGCAUAAAAUUAUGGGAUAUAGAACUAAGACAUAUAGCAUUCAAAAUCUGGUACAUGAACAGGCUACUCCAUAACAACUACAACAACAACAACAAUACCUUACAAGAAUGGUACAUGGAGCAAUUAAGUAGAAAAAAAGCCCACACUUCAACCCUCAACGAUAUGUGCAGACACUGGGGUGUAUUCAGAGUCAAAUUUUACCAAAACCAUCCAAAGAUAAAUGAACUUCCAGACUGUAUAAGAAACGACAAUGAUGAACCACUAAAACUGAAAGAAAUUUACGAACUCAUGAUCAAAGACAGACACCCAACACCAAGAAGAACAGAAUGGCAGAAGUUAUGGGCGGUGAGAUACAACACAGCAAUACCCAAAGUAUUCAUAAACAUCAACAGCAUUUCUCACCAAAAAGGUAGAAACACCCUCUUCAGAUUCUUCUCAAGAUCACUUCCAGGUAUCAACCACGAAAGAGACACCAGAUGCAAGAUCUGUGGCCACCUAUUCAGAGACCCUUAUUCUCACCUCUUCACUCUAUGCCAAGAUAUCCUAGAUAUUGAAAAAACCAUCAUAUCAACAGUUAACAAAUUAUCAUUCAUCAAAAUCCACAGAUGGUCAAUGGAUACCUUAGACAUAUCAAAAUACAACAGAACUGAGAGAAUCUUCCCCAAUCUCAUAGGAAUAAUAGCACACCAAUUAUGGAAGAUAAUCUGUCACAAAUUGUUCAACACUGAUGAAAGCAACCAGAGCCAAAAUUCGAACAAAAGGUCAUAG